CUGAGGUCAGAGUUGAACAUGCGCAUUUCAGUUUCGGUGCCUGUGUGCACCAUGUGGCAACGUUUCAUACGAAAAUACCGAUCUGGGUAGCUUUGUGUGAUUUUUAAUCUUAAAGUCCGAUUUCCGAUCAUGUCUGUGAACGCAUCCAAGCACGAGCUGAACCAGCUGGUCUACCGCCAUUUGAAGGAGCAGGGCUUCCAUUCAGCAGCAGCUGAGCUACAGAGACUCAGCCCACAGGAGGAGGAAAACCCAUCAGUGUCUUUGUUUGACAUCUACCAGGCAUGGUUAAGUGACUCCAAAAAGAAAAGAGGAAGAACUCCCACAAAAGGCAAAACUACAACACCAAAGAAGAAGACAAACAAACCUGCACAAAAACCCACAUCUCUGAAAAAGUCCGUUCCAUCAAAAAGCAAAAAAGGUGCCAAAAAACCCACUGAAAAUGUCGACAACGCAGAAAAGUCAGAAACCCAAACGACAGAAGAGCGAGCAGCUGCUGGUGGGGAUGAUUCAGACUCUGACAGCAGUCUGGAUGUGGAAAAGUGGAAGAAACUGGUCCAGCAAAUGACAGAGGAUGACAUAGUCAAGAUGGCAACCAUCAACGCUCUGGACUCAUCUGCACCCCAACCCAUAAAAAAGCGAGUCAGAAAACCACGAGCCAAGCCUCCUGCAAAAAGCGGCGCUUUAGCAGUGGAGGUGCCACCGACACCAGCAAAGAAGACUGACCCCAAGAAAAGUGGGCCAAAAGUGACUGAACAUUUGUCAUCCUCUGACGGGCUGAGCCAAAAGAAAAACCUCAGCACUGUAGACGAGAAAACGACGUCAUCCACGCUGUCACCUGAAAAAAAAACACAAACAGAAAUGACUGAGAGCCCUGUAACCCCCAAGAAAGAAGCUUCUGAGUCCGUGUCCCACCCCAAGAAGGAAAAGAAGGAAAAUGAAAGAGGUGUAGAUGGAAAGGGAAAAGACAGGAAAAAGGAAAGGAAGACAGUCACUGGGCCAGACCUUACUGAUAAACCUGUGGAGCUAAAUAAAACCACAGAAGAAGUCCCAGGGGAACAAAAUGAAACAAUCAUUUUAAAAACCAGUGAACAACAAAAAAAGCCCAAAAAGAAGAAAAAAGAUAAAAGUGAUGGUGAAGAAAAGGAAAGCAAAGAAGUAAAGAAGAUAAGCACCAUGGUGGAUGGAGAGGAUCAAUCAGAAAAAGCAGCCGAAGAAAUGAGUGAAAAUACAGAGCAGAAACUGAAGGAUACAACUGCAGUUAUCAGGGAAAAAUCAGAGCAGUAUGGUGAACACAAGAAAGAAAAGAAGAAGAAAAACAAAGCCAACGUCAAAGGUAUUUUAGAGAACUCAACAGAGGAAGUGAAAGAAAUGAUAGAGGAAAAUGAUGAAAGCAAAGAAAAUUCAGACCAGAGCCAUGAGAAAAAGAAGGCAAAGAAGAAAAAAAGGCAAGCUGAAGACAGAGAGGAAAGUCCAGAGGAAGUGGCUGUAGUAAAGAAAGUAAAAAAGAGGAAACGGGAGCAUCAUGAUGUAGACAUCUCAGAGAAAAUGUUCUGCGCUGGUGAAGACAAAACAGAACUUCCACCUGAAGAAAUCAAUGAAACGACAGUGCAGAUACUCGAGAGCACAACUAAUGUUGUCACUGACGACAAGUCAGAGCAAAAUGAUAAAAAAAGGAAAGGUAAAGAAAAGAAAAACAAAGCCAAUAGCAUCGAGGAAAUACCAGUGGAAACGGUCCCAGAAAAGAAAUCAAAAAAGAAGAAACGGGAACAUCCUGAUGAGGACACUUCCACAGUGAGGGUCGCUGAAGAGAAGGAUAAAGAUGGUCAGAACGAGGCAUCCGAGGUCGAUAAGACGGAGGAAAGGCAAGAGCAUAAAAAUAAAGAUCAUUCUGUUGAUGCUGAACCACUGCCUCCAUCAUGCCUGGAGGUUGCCACUCCUAAAGAGAAGAAGAAAAAGAAAAGCAAAUUAAAACCAGACCAGCUCCCAGAAACGCAGCAAGAGAUGGAAGCAGUUUCUUCCCAAGAGGCUACAGAGGCAGAAACCAUCCUGACCACACCAGGUGGCACCCACAAAAAGAAAAAGAAGUCUUCCAAGAGCAGAGAGGCCUGAUGACAUCCGUUCAGAUCAAUUCAACCUCAGGACAAACCACACAUCUGUUCUAAGCAUCAUGUCACUGGGGUGAAAACUGUAAAUAGCAAUGGAUGUUUUUUUUUUUUUAUCUCUGUACAAUUUUUUUUUUUUAAGUCACAGCUGUCUUUUUAUGAAUUGUUAUUUUAUUGUUUCCUUUUAUGGAGUUUUUUUAAAGGUAAUGAAUGGUCAUGGCAUUGAGAAAGAGAUCCGAUGAUCAAACUAUAUUUUUUAGCGUCCAUCACAGGAAUUUGAGCUGUGGAACUUCUAAACUGAUGUACUUCUGUGAACCCUCAGAUAUUUAACUAUAAGCAAAGGAACGAUGUCUCAUUAAAUUCAUAAUAACCUCUUUUACAUUUCACUAAACUAUAUAUUUUGCACCGUCCCUUCUGGGAUUUUCCCCAAAAACAAUUUUUUUUAAAGAAAUAACAAAACAUGUAUUUUUAUGAAAUUCAGUUUUGUAAAAGUGUUUUUUUUUCUUAU